UUAGCUUGUGUUUUGGUUUUAAGCCUUUUUAGCGUUAAGGUCCGAGUUCAGGAGAGUUACUGUUAGUUGGAGCAUAAUUUUACCUGAACAGGAAACAUUCGGACUGGCAUGCGGGUCUCCCAGGUUUCGGCCCGGCUCUACCUGGGCGAUCUGGACUCGGCGCUGAACGCGGCCGUGUUGACCAGCAGGAACGUCUCGCUCAUCGUCAACGCCAGUGGGCUACCAGACCUGCCCUACCCAGUGGCCGAUGGCCUGCAGAUCCUCCACAUCCCAGUCCAGGACCGGCCCCAUGCUCAGCUGGGUCAGUACUUUGACCCGGUAACGGAGCGGAUCCAGCAGAACCAGGCUGGGUCCACUCUGGUCCACUGCACGGCGGGUCGGAGCCGCUCCGCAGCGCUGGUCAUGGCUUAUCUGAUGAGAUCUGAAGGCCUCAGCCUCCGUCAGGCCCACGAACUGGUUCUGGAGUGCCGGCCGUUUAUCCGACCCAACGCCGGGUUUUGGAGGCAGCUCAUGGAGUACGAGAGGGAGCUGUCGGGUCAGAACACAGUAAGAAUGGUGGGGACGGCAGCCGGGGUUCUGCCUGAGGCCCUGCAGAACCCGGACGGAGCCGAGUACUGUGUGAACCUCUGACCCAAACACAAGGUACCAGAACCAGACAGAGACAAGAAAACACGAACAUGGUAAAAAAA